AAGAAGAACAGAAAGAAGCGCAGGAAGGAGAGCUACGCAAUCUACAUCUACAAGGUGCUGAAGCAGGUACACCCGGACACUGGUGUGUCGAGCAAAGCCAUGAGCAUUAUGAACAGCUUCGUGAACGACAUCUUCGAGCGUAUCGCCGCCGAGGCUUCGCGUCUCGCUCACUACAACAAACGCUCGACCAUCACGUCCCGGGAGAUCCAGACGGCCGUGAGGCUGCUGCUUCCCGGUGAGCUGGCCAAGCACGCCGUCAGCGAGGGCACC